AUGUUUACAAAAAAGUCUUAUUCUGGGAUAAUACUCAAUUUCCGGUCCCAUCACAAUUACAGGCUUAAGAUUGGAAUAAUGAGCAGCAUGAUCCGCCUAACGGAUGCAGAUUUAUGGGACGAGGAGCUGGACAAAUUGACUAGGAACUUCCUCGGCAAUGGCUACCCAAACGAGGUGAUACAAAGAAACAUACGGGCCGUGAAAAGCCGAUGGCAGAACGGGGACUAUGAAAGAACAUGGAGUGGAGUGGUAACCUCGACACGAUACUCAUCCCGUUGGGGUGUGGAUGAGGCCUAUGCGAAGUCUAUUUUGGACGAGAUUUUGGGAGGCUGGGUAGACAACUUUGCUGUCGUUCCCAGUUUCAGUUUGCCCGGAUUGCUCACGGCAUACUUCCGGACCCAGCCGAUCUCGAGGUCAGGCCUGACGGAGGGGCCAGACAAGAGAGUGCACUGCUCCAUGACAAUGGCAACCUGUCCGCAGACUGCUUUAGAUACACGUGGAACAGAAGCUCAAUGUCAUGUCUAAACCGAAGUAGGUGUCAGGUCAUGGUGCCGUAUUAGAGCGGCACCCGCCACAGACCCUGAUGCGCUGACGAACUGGCAUCCGAUUGCUCCUCCAUUUGCAAAGUACCACAUUUGCAUAGGCCCAACCACGUUGAGGCGCCAGGCGCCAGUUGCAUUACCACCGCAACCGGACCAGAUGCUCUAUCAAUUAGGACCACUUUGUUCCAGUUUCGCAGUCAGUGCCCCUGUGAACUGGCACCGAAACAUUUUACUGCAUCGAUCAGGAGGGCUGUUUGAAUGGUCAGACCUUACUUUCAGCUAA